UUUUUCCCCAACGCUCCAGUCCGCAGUGUCGAUAACCGAGUCACAAAUCUCAACGUUUUGUUGCCAUUACGGUUCUUUAUCAUCGGAUAUUUUCAAAAUGUCUAAAAACUGGAAUUACUCAAAGUGGUGCUAGAUGACUCGGUUCUGAGUGCUGGGAUUUGUUUAAUGCUAAUUAGUUUCUUGUUUGGUGUCAUUAUUAUUAUUCUAACCAGCGCUCAUGGUGACCCUCAUGGACUCGGCGCCCAAACCCGGCGCCUCGCAGGUCUCUGACGUCGUGUUCGUCAUCGAGGGCACGGCCAAUCUCGGCCCGUACUUCGAAUCCCUGCGCAAGAACUACAUCUUACCGGCGAUCGAGUACUUUAACGGAGGUCCGCCGGCCGAAACGGACUUCGGAGGAGACUAUGGAGGGACGCAGUAUGGGCUGGUCGUCUUCAACACGGUGGACUGCGCUCCCGAGUCCUACGUCCAGUGUCACGCUCCUACAAGCUCCGCCUUCGAGUUUGUGUCGUGGAUCGACAGCAUUCAGUUUAUGGGAGGAGGAGCCGAGAGCUGCAGCCUCAUCGCCGAGGGUCUGUCUGUCGCGCUGCAGCUGUUCGACGACUUUAAGAAAAUGAGGGAGCAAAUCGGUCAGACCCACAAGGUGUGUGUGCUGCUGUGUAACUCACCUCCGUACCUGCUGCCCGCCGUCGAGAGCGUCAGUUACACGGGCUGCACCACAGACAGCCUGGUGCAGAUCAUCCGAGACAGAGGAAUCCAUUUCUCCGUGGUCGCCCCGCGGAAGCUUCCGGCUCUCCGAGCUCUGUACGACCGAGCCUCGCCUAUAGGAGCACCCGAGCCGUCGCACCCGGACUACAGCCAGGACCCGUUUCACAUGGUGCUGAUCCGCGGCAUCGCGCUCCCGGUCACUUCUGGAUGCGGUUCUGGAAACGUCCCUCUCAAACCCGUUCUGCCCCAGCAGCCCCUUCCCGUCAAUCAGCCUCCCAUCUGCUCCGCCUCCCAGCCUCCUCCUCCAAUCAGCACCACUCACACCUACCCGCCUUCUUCUCAGUCUCUGAACGCGGCAGCAGCUGCAGCAGCGAUGGCCGUGGAAGCCGCCAGCAAUCAGAAGAACCAGACUCGCUUCACAGCAAUGAUGAACAGCGGCCCACCUUUCAGUACCCAGCCAACCCUUUCCACAGUGGGCGGAGUCAAAAUACCCCCAGCCAGCCAGCCCAGCCUAUCGACGGUCACCACAGUGCCCACACCCUUGUUACCACAGCAACCAGCCCCUCCUCCGGUCCCACAGCAGCCACAGUCACAGGUUCUGCCUCCCGGGCAGCCAGCGGCCAAUCAGCAGCCGCCUCAGUCUCUACAGCAGCCGCCUCCGGCCAAUCCGCAGGCGCCGCCGUCCUCUCAGCCUGGCAUGCCCGGAGUUUCUGCAGCGCAGCCCGGAGCCAAUCCUAUCGCUGGUCAGCAAGGCGUUCCUAAUAAAGUGGUGGCCUGGAGUGGAGUUCUGGAGUGGCAGGAGAAGCCCAAAGCCUCCUCCAUGGAUUCCAACACCAAACUGACUCGCUCGCUGCCCUGCCAAGUGCAAGUCAACCAGGGAGAGAACCUGAACACGGAGCACUGGCCUCAGAAGCUGAUCAUGCAGCUCAUCCCUCAGCAGCUCCUGACGACUCUGGGUCCUCUGUUCAGGAACUCUCGCAUGGUCCAGUUUCUCUUCACGAAUAAGGAUGUGGAGUCUCUGAAGGGUCUGUACCGCAUCAUGACCAGCGGCUUUGCGGGCUGUGUCCAUUUCCCCCACAGCGCUCCGUGUGAAGUGCGCGUCCUCAUGCUGCUCUACUCGUCUAAGAAGAGGAUCUUCAUGGGUUUGAUUCCUAACGACCAGAGCGGCUUCGUUAACGGCAUCCGCCAAGUCAUCACCAACCACAAACAAGUGCAGCAGCACCGCACGAUGGGUAACGCGGGUCAGAUGCAGUCCACUCAGGUUCCUCCCAAUCAGAACUUCCUCAACCGGCCGCCCGGACAAAUCCCCGUCACUCACGGCAACGUGCAGCCUCAGCCUGUGGUGGUGGGCAUGGCUCCCGUUAGUCAGGUCACAAUGAUGGACGAGCAGCAGAGACAGAAUAACAUGCUAACGAUGAGAGGAGCAGUGACGGCCAAUCAGCAGCCUCCGGUCACCAGCGCUCCACCCAAUCAGGUGGCUCAGGGUCAAGCCCAGCCCCCUGGUGCCAUGCUCCGCCUCCCCAACCCAGGAGCCAAUCCGCAGCUCCGUAGCCUUCUCCUGAGCCAGCAGCAGCCACAGAGCGGCGUGUCUCAUAUGCAGGGCAUGCUCCCUCUGCAGGGUCUCAACCAGUCGAUGGUGCACCCUACAGGAGCCGGCGCUCAGAUCCAGCCCCAGUGGAGACAGCCCAUCUCAGGUCAGAUGAUGAUGAGCGCAGGUCCGAGAGGCGCCGUCGCUCAGAACCCCGGGAUGCCUCAGGUGUCGAGCGUGAUGGAGGACGAGAUUCUUAUGGACCUGAUCUGACGACUUCGACUCCUUUUCCUUUAGCUUUAGACGGAAGAAGUGCAGGAGGUUCAGUAUUGAGUUAUUCCUGUGUGUGUGUGUGUGUGUGUGUGUGUGUGUAUAGUAAUAUUAAUGUAAUGAUAUAUAAAUAUAUACACACAUGCUUUAUUUACUGGACUUUGUCCUGUAAAUGUAAUGCUCCUUUGAUUUAAAUCGAUUAUUCUUGUAUUUUUUACGCUUUUACUUUUGCAAAGGUUUUACUUUUUUCUUAAGUUCGUCUGCGUUGUUUUAGAUGAAAAUGAAAUAAAGCUGAUUCGUUUGUCCGGCAA